AUGGUCAAUAAUGUGACCACAAAACUUGAUAAUAUUGAAGAAGCCUGCCGUAAUGAUUUUGGUAACAUUUCGUCUGAAUUCACUUCGAUCAAGACCUCUAUUGAAGCUCUCCGAAAUGAAAUGAUCCAACGUUAUGCAAUUGCCCAAAGGCUUCAGGUCGAUUUUGAUCAACUGAGUGUGGCCAAUCAUUUCUCUAGUAGUGAAAGUUCUUCUAAUCGAUUAUCUGAUUCAUCUCUUGAAGAAAAUAGGAGCCGUUUUAAGCGAGUUUUUAAUUCGAAAGAAGAAUGGGGAAUACUAUGGAUUAUGCGUUUGAAACUGUUAGACGUGAAAUUCGUGAACUUACUGGGGAAAAGAUUGGGAAGGGUACUGUGGAAAGUUUUUAUUAUGGUGAAGGGGAUCCAAAAUUUAACACAAAUGUCAAUUAUGAGAUGGGUAGAUAAUAAAGAAAUUACUAGUAGUUUAGAUAAUAAUUUAGAUCGUAGUACUGAGUAG